UUAUUUUAAUAUACAAACUUAAAUGAAAAAUAUAAAAUAAAAAAUUUAUCCCGAAAUUUAUACACAAAUUGCUUGUUGGUAUGUGAAUUUAUUAGAAAGUUAUGUCAAAUACUGAAAGUUUUAUUGAAAUUGAAGAUAUCCAACGAAUAGAACGAUCGAAUGACGUGGAAGAUAAAGCUUCCAUAUCAUCUGAUUUAUCAGGAAACGAAAAAGCACACCGUUUACAUGCAAUUGAAGAACAAUUAUCACGCGCCGAAACUAAAUGUAAUCUUUUAAAAGCUGAAUUAGACUUUUUCAGAAUGACUUAUGUCGAUUCCCAAGAAAAUAUUAAAAUCGAAAAUAAUACAAACGGUGAAUCAACGUACACAGUGAAAAAAUUGAAGAGAGAUUGUGAUCAUUUUAAAAAAUAUAUCACAGUUUCACGCAUGGCUAAUACGAAUUUAAAUGCCAGCACUGAAACCUCUUUAAUACCACACAAAGAAAUUGACGUGAAUGAAAACGAUGUGCAUAACGUUAAACGUAAAUUUAUGACGUACGAAAAUGCGAUAAAACAUUUAAAAGCGAGACUAAAAGAAAUGAAAGCAAACUGCGCUGAUUAUGAAACUGUCAAAAAGAAAAAAUCAAAAAUACAUCAUACAGUAUCAGAUGUAUGUAUUAUCUCGAGUCAAAGCUGUGCGGAUACGAAAAAAUCAAAAAAACGUAGCAAAACUGGUGUACGCAUGGUCGAUUCACACGAUACAGUUCGAUCUUCAAAAAAGAAAACACUUAAAAAGGGUACAAAAAUUUUAGAUUUAAAAUUAAGUAAAGGAAAAUUUAAAAAUUGCGAGGCGAUGUCUAUUAAAGCAACGGGUAAUCGUUUUCGAAGACGAAAACCCAAAUUAAAACAAAUCACGUCUCGUUUCACAGUAAGUGGGGGGCAUGUUUCGCAUAGCGUUGAUCGAUCGUAUCGAAAUCCAUAUUAUAAUUCUGACUUAGUUGAAUUGUAUCAUAAUAAAGUAGCGAAAUCUGUUACAAGUCAAUCCGAUAUUUUUUAUAAUCAGCGUGUUCGAAAAAAUAGUGAGCACCGUGCUGAUGUCCACCUUAAUUUUGAGGAAAACAAUCCAAAUAUACAUCGGGUGUAUGAAAAAUACACUUUACCUGAAUCAUAUGAAGCGCAAUAUGCUAAAUAUAUACCACAAAAGCAACUGGAACAAAAUGGCUUCAAGCCACAACCAUCAAAAAAUAAUCACCAGCCUUCUCAAGGCCCUCAAUUACUAAAUAAUCAACAUUUCACGACUCAACAAAAUUUACAAAAACAACUGAAACAACAAAAGAAUCAACAAUAUCGGCGACAACAACAGCAAAAUUCGAUAAAUAUUGAUUUGCAAGCACCAGGUUGCGAUAAGAUGAAUCAAAAAUUUAUGGAUCUAGGAAGAUUUAAUCAGCAAUUUUGUAAAAAAUCGGAAAAUAUUACGAAUCAACAAUUUUGUAAAAAAUCGGAAAAUAUAACGAAUCAACAGUUUUGUAAGAAAUCCGAAAAUAUAAUGAAUCAGCAAUUUUGUAAAAAACCGGAAAAUAUUACGAAUCAACACCAAGCACUUCCGCCUCCUCCUCCCAAUGAAGUUCAUUAUAUUCAACCACCACCACUCAGUAAUAGAUGCUUUACAGCAAGUACGAUGCGAACAAAUUCGAGGUCUAAUUUUUUUGCAGGCUAUAAUAUGUUUCAUCACUACCAAUUACCAACAAUAUCCUCUCGCUUGAAACAAGUAACCAAAAAUUAUUUACAAGACUUGAACAUAAAAACCAUCCCGUUUGUAACAACAACCUCAACAACACCCAGCCACAAUCUUGGUCUAAACAUUCAACAAGUUUUAAGUAUAAUGAAAACUAAACAUCUCGUUGGUGGAAUUUCUCCCACUUUAGCACAUAAUAUGGGAAUUGUUACACAAUCAGUUGGUUCUUAUGUAAAUGGUACAAAAGAUACCGUAACAAAUAUUUUAUCGAGAAUUGGUUCACGUCCAAAUUGUAUUUCACCAAAUCGUAAACCAGCUUGUCCGUUACUACGACAUGCCACAGCUGUUGCAGAAUCAGAAUUAGCUGAUGUACCAGAGCAUCUUAACGAAGAUAAUGCUUCUAUUUUGAGUAGUCUCAAUGUGACAAUUGAUGUACCCAAAGUAGCAACAGAAGCUGAUUUAAAAAGUCGUGCAAUGACUGAAUGGGAUCAACCAAGUCCCAGAGCGUGUAUUCAACCUAAAUGUACGUGUUUGCUUCGCAAGCAAACGUCCAAUAGUAACAAAAUAUUCAACCAAUUUAUAGACCCAAAUGUCAAUCGUCCUGCAUCGUAUAAUCCAAUGACGAAUUCGAAAUCGAAUCCACGUACAAAACAAUUUAAAUCCGCAUUUAGUAUGCAAUCCGUAAAUCCUACACCAAAUAAAUUAAAUUUAUCCUCUUUUGAUCAAAAACAAACUGCGAUGAAAAGUAAUAACGCUCAUACGGAACUAACGGGAAAAAUACGUGAGAUUCGAGAUGUUUUAGCAAAUUUACAUAAUGAUUUUCAAAAAUUGAACGAUCAAUAUGAUUUAUUGAGUGGACAGAUCCAAAAAAAUAAUUCCGAUGUAGAUCCAAGGACUGUCUACAGACUGGAUGCCAUGGAAAAAGAAUUGAAUGCUAAAGAGGAAGAAAUUUCAGUUGUGAUACCUUUGUAUCAAGAAGUCCUCGAUUUAAAAGAACAAUUACGAAAUUUAAAAGAGCGUACAAGCAUGCUCUCAAUGUCCGUUUGUAGUACAAAUAAAUCACGGCUUUCCACUGGCUACGAACGAACAGCUACGUUACGAUUAACAAAAUGUUUACGACAAAUUAACAAUUUCAGGGUUUAUUAAAAAUAAAUCUUUAGUAAAACUGUUUAAAUUCAGGAUGCCCUGAAUGUUUACAUGUACCACGAACUAGGUUGGGAGAGAGGGGAGAAAAGAUAUUUGCAAUUUUGAUAUUGAAGAAAUUCGUCGCAAACUGAUUGAUAUAACAGUUU